AGCUACCAGCAAAUCCUGGCCUUGCAAUUUGCUGUGAAAGAGAUAAAUGAAAACCCCCAGAUAUUACCCAAUGUCACCAUGGGUUUCCACAUCUACAACAGCAACUUCCAUGCAAGAUGGACCUACCUUGCCUCAAUGGAACUUCUGUCUACACCAGGCGGGUUUAUCCCAAACUACAAGUGUGACAUUCAGAAUAGUCCAGUUGCAGUCAUUGGGGGACCCAAUUCUGAUAUAUGUCUCUACAUUGCAACCAUCCUGGGCAUUUAUAAGAUUCUCCAGCUUACGUAUGGCUCUGCUCCAGUGAUAAAUGAUGAAACCCAUGGAGUUUCUUUGCACCAGAUGUUCCCAAAUGGAGACAAACAGUAUAUGGGUAUUGUCCAGCUACUGCUGCAUUUUCAGUGGACAUGGAUUGGGGUGCUUUUCAUAAAUGAUGACAGUGGAGAGAGAUUGAAAGCAAGCAUGCUUCACACUUUCUCCCAGAAAGGCAUCUGCUUUGAUUUUGUCGAAAGAUUUCCAAAAGCAGUAUUUUCUACUGGAAUUAAUGAUUUGGUGCUGGAGGGGAUCCACACAAUCAAUGUUAUUAUGAAAAGCACUGCCAAUGCAGUGGUUGUAAAUGGUGAAAUCCACACCAUUCUUGUUUUAAGAACACUGUUGCAUCUUCAAGAAUUUGAGGAAAUACCCAUAAAAACAAAGAUCUGGAUUAUGACAGCCGAGAUGGAUUUUACAGCACUUAGUGCUCAAAAAAGUUGGGACAUCCACUUUAUCCAUGGCAGCAUAUCCUUGGCAAUUCACUCAAAGGAUCUUCCAGGAUUCCACACAUUUCUUCAAACAAGAAACCCUACCACAGCAAAAAAAGACGAUUUUAUUAGGGUCUUCUGGGAAAAUGCUUUUAGCUGUACUUUCCAUAGUUCCACCUUAGAAGAGGAUGCUGGUGAAAUCUGCACUGGGGAAGAAAAACUGGAGACACUUCCUCAGUCAGUUUUUGAAAUGAGAAUGACUGGUCACAGCUAUAGUAUCUACAAUGCUGUACAUGCAGUGGCAGAAGGUUUACAUGCUAUGUAUUCAUUUAAAUUCAAAAACAUAGCAAAAGUCAGUGAAAGAACAUGGAACCUUAUUAAUCAACAGCCAUGGCAGGUAUUCCGCAAGCAGAAAAACUCAUUAUAUCUAUGGGUGCAACAGCAGUCCCUGUAA